AUGUCGCGGGUAUUGCGCGAAGCCCUGGGCGGUGUUUUCAGGUGGUGGCGUGAGGAGGCGGGAGACGUCGCGGGCAAUGUUGGGGCGCGUUUGGGGAUCGCGCGGGCGCUGACGCGGGGAGUGUGGCUCGCGCGUCGGCAGGAGAAGGUGUCGGCGGGGGAGAGGCCGGCGAGGGGCAAGGCGGGGGGCGAGCCGCUGCCAUGGGACAGCAUGCUCAGGUUCAGGGACGCCGCCCUGGAGGAGGAGUACUGGGCGUCGCACUGCGACUUCGUCAAGCUGGCCCUGGACGUGGCGUGGAUGGUGAUGGGCGUCUGCGUGGGGCUGGGCUUCCUGGCGCGCACGCGGCAGGCGUCCAGCACAUCGGCCAUGGGGACCGCGGAGAUAGGCACGCUCAUCGCCACGAGGGCGCUCACCAUCAUGCUCGCGUGGAAGUGCAGGGCCUUCUACAAAUCCAACCGCGUGCUUAUCGCCACUUUCUUGAGGCUGCAGUGCGUGGUCUACAGCGUGCGGAUGUUCGCGACGCCGCCCAGCCUGGCGUGGACGCCCUGGGGCCUGGCCAGGCACCUGGUGCAGAAGUGCGUGCUGAUCCCGUUGGUGAGCGUGAUCGGGGGCCUGCGGCUGACGUUCGCGGAGCACUUCUUUGCCCAGGGGACGGGAUGCCUGAUCGGCCUGCUGUGGACAACCGAGAUGUUCUGCCAGAGUUGGGUGGGACCCGGCGGUUAUGGGGGCCAGGAGCUGUCCGCUUUCAGUGCGGUGGGGCGGACAAUCGACAGUAUGAUUGUCCAAUUGACGACUUAUGGGUAUCCUUGGCCGGCCGGGUCCAGCACCGCUGAGCCCGGCCUGGGAGAGGGGGGGCCCGGGGAGGCGUACUCCUGCUGGCUGGUGGUGGCCUUUUUUCAAGUUCUGGGGGCGUUUGUGCUCCCCACCAUGUUCCUGUACAGCGUAGAGAGCGCCUGCCGUGCACGGUUCUUGAUGGCCCGCACAGCUGACGACGAUGAACGCAAGGCAUGUGCCUGGGCUUGGCUCCACACGGUGUUUGUAAUGGUGUGGCUGGGUCUGAUGACACUGGUGGUCGCGUGGCUUGGGCUGAAGAGCCUGGAAGAAAUUUGGCGUCAAGCUGCUGCAAUUGCGGCGUGUCCUGAUGGGGCGCAGUGCAUGUGCGAUGCCUGA